CUCUUUGCUUUCCUGGGCUUCCUGACCAGCGCCCUGUGGAUCAACGCGGCGGCCACGGAGGUGGUGAAUGUGCUGCGCUCCCUGGGCGUGGUCUUCCGGCUGAGCAACACCGUGCUGGGCCUCACGCUGCUGGCCUGGGGGAACAGCAUUGGAGAUGCGUUUUCGGACUUCACCCUCGCCCGCCAGGGCUACCCUCGGAUGGCAUUCUCGGCCUGUUUUGGUGGCAUCAACUUCAACAUCCUGGUGGGAGUCGGGCUGGGCUGCCUGCUGCAGAUCGCCCGGGGCCACACAGAGGUGAAGGUGAGCGCCAGGUGCGGGCAAUCCCUUCCACGCGCUUCCCUGCACUCACGAGGGAAUUCCAACCACCACCUGCAGUGCGCAGGGAGAGACCCACGGCACAGUGCAUUCACUCCCCACAGCCACCCUCACCAGUGACAGCAUACAACGUGGAGAAUCAGAUGCUCAGGCUCCCGGUCGAGAGGCCGAGCUCUGGUCAGUUGCCAGCAGGGCUGGGCCGGCUCUGCAGGCACUCACGCGGGCCCUUCCUGGCUCUUCCAGUCUCUGAUGGUUCCUAGGUCCCUGUGGCUCUUGGCCACUCUGGUCUGGGGUCCAUCUUUACCCAGCCUUCUUCUCUGUGUCUUCUAGGACCUCUAGUCCCUGGAUUGAGGGGCCACCCCAUGUUCAGGAUGGCCUCAGCUUUAGACCCUAAAUGAUACCUGCAAAGACAUGGUGGGGAGAGCUUGCACUCAGCCUGGGCGCUGUCCCUAAG